CUCUGUCAAGAUAGGAAUGUAAGGUACGGACGGUCGGCAAUGAUGCUCAUGCGCAUUUGAUCGGCUCUAAAAGGAUAUCAAAGUUCAUGAUUUGUUUUAUAACUGGAUUCUCAUUGCCGUGGGCUUCAUGGAUCUAUUAAAGGAAGCUUUAAAUUCUUUCUUAGUCAUAAUUUUGAUCGGGGUAUGCCCAUUCUUGAUACAGUUUCUGAUAAACUACUUAUGGAGGCCAUGGAUGAUUUACAGAGCUCUGAAAAAACAGGGCUUCAAAGGUCCUCCUCCUCGUUUCAUGAUUGGCAAUCUUCUAGACAUUGCAGAUACGGUGCAGCACCAGCUGCUCACGGAUAUGCCUUCCAUAAGCCAUGACUACGCAUACAGAGUUUUCCCUUAUUUAUUGAAGUGGAGACAGACAUAUGGGGAAAAAUUCAUUCUAUGGUUUGGUUAUGAACCCAGAAUUUUUCUACAGGAUGCAGAGCUUAUCAAGCAACUUCUUUCUUCCAAGCUCUCUCCUGACUGUGGAAGGUCCCCAAUGGUUAGGAAGAUGCUUUCUGUGGCGUUUGGCGAGGGACUCAUCACUGUCAAUGGCGAAAAGUGGUCUCAACAGCGUAAAAUUGUGGCCCCUGCUUUUCAUACUGAUAAACUUAAGGCCUCUGUUGACAUCAUGUCCAUGUGUACAGAUCAAUUUGUAAACGAGUGGAAUGAGAUUAUAAAUGAAGCUGCAGAGAAGCCUUGUGAAUUAGAGCUAACUGAUUUUAUGGAUAGACUUACUGCAGCAAUUUUUAUGAGGGUGGAAUUUGCAAUGGACUACGACAGAGGGGGGAAAGAAAUAUAUGAUGAUAUCAGAAGGUUAGAGGAGUUAAUGAUCCGAAAUAUUCGUUAUCUAUGGCUGCCAGGUACCAGUUAUAUCCCCAUGCCCUCAAAUCUGGAGGCUUGGAAGCGGACCAGAAGAUUGGAAAACAACUUGAAACACAUGAUAAAGAAAAGAAAAGAGAGUGGAUCAUAUGGGGAUGAUCUUCUUGGGUUGAUGCUCUCAGAAAUAGAGAAUGUUUCUUCAGAUGACAAGAAUUUCAGCUACACAACACAGCAAGUGAUGGAUGAGUGCAAAACUUUUUUCUUGGCAGGAAGAGAAACCACCAGUGUUCUGCUAUCAUGGGCAAUACUACUACUGGCAAUCCACCAGGAUUGGCAACAAAAAGCCCAUGAAGAAGCCAUUGCAGUAUGUGGAAAUAGCAAUCCCACCAUGGAUUCUUUAGGAAAGCUCAAAAUUAUUGGGAUGAUACUGAACGAGACACUGAGAUUGUACCCACCUGGAGCAGGGAUCGUCAGGCAGGUAUUCAAAGACUUAAAACUAAGAGAUGAUUUUAUAAUUCCCGAGGGUGUAAAUGUUGUGGUAGACAUAAUAUCAAUGCACAGAGAUCCCAGAUACUGGGGAAGUGAUGCAAAUGAGUUCAGGCCAGAACGUUUCAGAGAUGGAUUGAGCAAAGCUACAAACAAUCAUCCGUAUGCGUUCAUGCCAUUUUCUAGUGGGCCGAGAGUGUGCAUAGGGCAGAACUUUGCGAUGCUAGAAGCGAAGGUUGUUAUGGCUAUGAUGGUGAAGAAGUUCAGAUUUAGUAUGAGCAGUAAAUACAGGCAUGCACCUGUGGCUUUCGUCACUCUCAAUCCUCAGCACGGGAUCCCGAUCAUGGUGGAAAAAAUCGAAUGCAGUGGAGGAGAUUAGUGGAUUCUAUCUCAUCUUCAACCCCUCACUCGUGUUUUACGCCAAACAUUUUUCUCUUUUUGGCCUUGCUUUUCAACUAUCUCUAAAGACUUUUCAAUCCUUGACUCGAGUCCACCGCUGAUUUUUCUUUUACAUUUACAUUAUAGUAUAUUUGAAUGGAUCAUGUUGAAUCUUACAAUUUUACGCAACUAUUUUUAUUGGUAUCGGUAGAAUACCUUUUUCAUGUUGGCCCUUACAAUUGUAUAUUUAUUUACAUUAAAUUAAUCUUAUUUAUUAUUGUAUUUUG